CACUGUUCACUGAACAGUAUGCUACCAAAGUAAAUAUCAUUAAAUUUUGAAUCACUUGCCAAGAAAUUUCUCCGGUUUUUCUUUUACAUCUAUCAGAAAGGGCAUCACUCAUAUGGCUUGAACCUCAUGGAUUUUGCAGAGUUGCUGAUGUGUGAAGCUUACCCAGGCAUCUGUUUACGUGGACAUCUACUUGCCAGUUACGAUAAGCUUGUUCGCCCAGUAAAGAAACAGAAUGACACAGUAACUGUGGAAGUCCGUCUUGAUGUACUGUACAUCAGUGUUGGGAAUGCUGAAGAUUACAUUACUGUUGCUGGAAAAACCUUUGUGACAUGGACUGAUCAGUACCUCACGUGGACUCCUUCUCUUUAUGAAGGGGUUGAAAAUAUAACAAUAAGCAGUGAUGACAUAUGGACACCUGAUAUUACACUGGUCACUAUGAGUGCACUAGACUUCUCUCUUGCAAAAUUUCCAAGCACUGAGUGUACUUUGUACUCCACAGGGAAGAUAACUUGCUUGCCUUACACAUACUAUAUAGCACACUGUGAUCUUGACUUACAAAAUUGGCCAUAUGACGUACAUACAUGUACAAUGUGGUUUUCAUCUUGGUCUCACAGAGGCAAACUUGUGAAUGCAACUUUUAAUGACAAAGGGCUUGAUACAACUCACGUGGAGAAGGAUCGUGUGUGGGAUGUGAUCAAGGCAGAGACGUCUUUAAUAGGCCAUGGUAGCUGGCCAAGCCUUGGCUUCAAAUUCACCAUGAAACGACAUGCAACAGGCCAUGAAAUACGAGUAGUGGCAGUAGGUGUAGUGUUAUGUCUGAUAACAUUAUUCUCUUGGUUCCUGCCUUCUGAUUGUGGUCAGCGACUUACAGUCUGUGUGGUGUCAUUGUUUUUGCACAUGUUCUGCCUGUUACAUGUGGCUUUUGAAAUAUACUUCUAUGGAAAAUCCGUUCCUCAUUUGGUGCUCCUUCUGCGUGACUCCCUUAUAAUAACAUGCAUAUCACUGGUGGGAGCAGUGCUGUCACAAGGUUUGUUCUAUGCAUCAAGACCUGUGCCAAAAUGGCUUAAUGAGCUGAUAACAUCACCAGCAAGCCGUUUAUUAAUGUAUCCAACCAGUUUACCCACACAACAGAGCACAGAGAAAGAUGACAAUGAAGAUAAGACCAAUAGUCUAAAGACACCAGUUCCAAGUGAAUGGAAACUUGCAGCUGUUAUAUUAGACCGUACUGGUGUUUACAUAAUGACUCUUACUUACAUAAUCCUACUUGCAGUUACAAUUCCAAAAUACUGAUCUUGUGUAUGGUUAAUACAUCCUUGUGUGAAAGUAGAAUGAAGAUCAUCACAAAAAUGUAUGAAAUAUGUUUGAGGUUGUCAAACUGUAGAUGGCAGAUUUAAAUAAAAUGUACAUCAUUUUGAA